ACAUUUCAACAAAUCAAAAACCAGGUCCUAUGGACCAGAUGAAUUAUUGCGAUCACUUGGUGUACUUCAUCGAUGCCCGUCGUCGUAUGCUUUUUAAAAAUUUUCUUAAAACUACUGGACUAAUUUCAACUACACAUGGACUUAAUGAUCCUUCCGGGAAUGUUAUAUAAAUUGUAUGUUUUCCGCUCUUCUCAAUCAACCAACAUGGCCACCAUGGCGGAAAUAGAACAUAAGGGUAAAAUUGAAGUAAUUGCCUAAUAUCUAAACACCAUAAUAGAUAUAGAAUUAUAUCUAUAGAAUUAUACGCUGAUAUGUUAACAUUAUCACAAUUGUCAAUAUAAGGUUCAAAUGUAUAUAGUGUGAACUUUACUUAAGAGUAAUUUAUUAAAAUCAAAAUGAUGAUAAGAUCAUUAUAGUAUUUUCAAGGAAAAGGAAAGCAUGUGUAAAGAUAAGAUAGACACUUGUAUAAACAGGAAGUAAAACAUUCGACUUGAAACGUACACAUGAUAAAAGUAAAAUGGCACAAUGUCCAAUUGGAAAUUGUGAAAUUUGUGUUCAAGCAACAGGAUCACAUUACUGUAAACAAUGUCGACAGUACUUUUGUUACAGCUGCAAGACUGCACAUCUAAGAUUAAAGAUUGCACGUAAUCAUGUAUUUGGAAAAAGUUUCGAGGUGGAUGUAGAGGAUGUAGAGGAACAGCUGAAAUGUAAUCAUGUUGAUCGACAUGUGUUUAUGUGUUUAGAUUGCGAUUUUGCGUUGUGUAAGGGUUGUCUAGUCGAAAACCACAAUGGCCAUAGCGUGGACGAAGUUGAUAAGAUGUUUUCAUCCUUGCACUACCAAGCAUCUACAACAAUGAAAGGAAUCUUUAGCGAUUUCAAGCGUAAAAGCGGUGACAUGUUAUCAAUGACAACGUCUUAUGAGAAGGAGAGCGAAAAGCUUGAGCGAGCAAUUUCAAAUCAAGGUGCAAAGAUAAAGUCUAGUAUUGACAAAAUGGUUAACGCAAUAAUUGAAAACGUAAAGAAAUCUCGUGAAAACGUGAGAAACCAUUAUCCUAUGUGUUUUCAGGAUGCAAUUUCAAGUACAUUCACACAAUGGCUAAAGCAGAUAGAUGAAAUUGGACAGAAAGAAGCAACCGAAACAUCUAUUCAUGAAAUUCAAAAACUUCUCAAUGACAUGAAAGCAAUGGAACUUCCUAACCUGCCUGAUGUCCCUGCGGUUUCAUAUUGUGCCCAACCAGUCGACGAAAAAAUCAUCAUGGGUUUACUAGGACGUAUCAAAUUUUUAUCCUUUUCAAACCCAAACCCAAAAUCAAAAGAAUUGCUACUGUCACCUUGUGAGUCUGGGUAUGGUUUCCGUCUUAUCGGUGGAAAGGAUUUUAACGACGACAUUUAUGUGUCAGAUGUUGUUACCGGUGGUUCUGCUGCUAAAGCAGGUCUUAAACAGUUAGAUAAAAUAAUCGCAGUGGAUGGAAAACAAGUUAAAGGCUCAUCUCACCAUGAAGUUGCAGAAAUGUUUAAGAAUGUUGAAGACAACGACGUUGUGUCAAUAUCAAUUGAACCUUUUCACGUGUCAGAUGUUUCUUCCAAUACUGCAAAGGCAGGUCUUAAACAAUUGGAUAAAAUAAUCACAGACGAUGGAAAACAAGUUAAAGGCUCAUCCCACCAUGAAGUUGCAGAAACUAUUAAGAUUGUUGAGGACAACGACGUUGUGUCAAUAAGAACUGAGCCUUUUGAGCAGUAGAUUAGUACGUGCAGUAUACAUUGAUUUCUUACAUUUUGCAAUUGAUUGAUACGUCACAAUUAUGCAUUGGAAAUCUAUCGCUGAAAAUUAAGAAAAAACAAUCAAUCUGUUGUGUCUUUUCAAUUUUUAUUGUUUGAUUUGUGAGAACUUUAGGAUCUUAUAAGAUUUAUAAAUUACAACAUAGUCUGCAAAUAUUGUGUCGAGCAGAUCCCAAUAAGUAGUUUCAACAUA